AUGAGCAAUGCGGAGCUUUUGGAAGAUUUAGAUGAUGAUUUCGGGACCGGUUCCGAAAGUGAGGUUGAAGUAAGAAACGACGGAGACGCUUUUUCCACGUUACAGCAUUUUGCAACGGAAUAUAGGCCACCCAGAUUGCUUGAGGGCUCAGAAGGAAGUUUUUGUAAUAUAUCUUGGUUGUUUGACCGUCGCGAUAUAAUUUUGCAGCUGAUAAAAGAUCGUCCAGAUAGCUCUUCUGCUUUGCUACUCAGCAAAAUGCAGCCCUUAGUACAGGAUGAGAUUGAUUUUCUACAUACGUACUUGAAGGGACUAUAUGAAGAGACGUUUCCAGAGUUACAGUCUAUUGUGACAUCUGGCGAGCAGUAUGCCCGUGUUGUACAGCUGCUUCAACAGUCAAAGGGCUCACCGGACAUCUCUGAUUUCCAGAAUGUGGUGGACCGCGAACAGAUUUUGAUUUUAUCAAUGGCACUACAGACAGACUACAAAUACAAUAAGUCGCCAUCCGGUGACCUCAUGCAUAUGCUUACAAUCACUAUUGAAAUUAUUUUAGCGCUCUGCGACUUAAAGCAGGAAAUGAAAGCUUUUGUGACUUCUUUGAUUUCUCAGGUUGCUCCCAAUCUGUCAGAACUUGUGGGACCAGAGACAGCUGCAGCAUUGAUAGCUGCCGCUGGAGGCAUUCGAGAAUUGAGCAUUAUACCGAGUUGCAAUAUUCCGUCCAUGGGCAAAAGUAAAUUUGCUAGUCAUGUACAAGCAGUGGACCAGAGCGGUGUAAGGCAAAAGGGGUUUGUAUAUUACUGUCCAUUGGUUUUGGAACAACCAAUCUUGGUGAGAAAUCAAGCCCUCAAGAUGACAUGCGCCAAAGUUUCGCUUGCCGCGCGAGUUGACCUGUCCAAGUCGAGUCCUAACGCCAACUUGGGACUGGAAUUUCGAAAAGACAUCUUACACAAGCUUCAAAACAUUCAGGAGCCGCCUAAUAUUAGCAAUGUCAAGGCUUUGCCCAUUCCAGAAGACAAACCCAAGAAAAAGCGUGCUGGUCGCAGAUUUCGCAAAUACAAAGAGCAAUUUCAACUAUCUCAUGCCAGACAGCUACAAAACAGAAUGGAAUUUGGAAAGCAAGAGUCAACUGUUGUUGAUGUGUAUGGCGAAGAAAUUGGGAUGGGUAUGGCGGGCUCAAGCCGAGCUUCGAAAUCUGUGCCGACAAAGAGAAGCGCGAAAGUCAGAGCUCCAAUGCAAAGAAGACUUGCAGCGGCAGCAAACGAAACGCACAACUUUUUUUCAGAAAAUCAGGAGCACGCAGAUGUUCUGAAAGCACCCAGUAACGGACCUCAGAUCAACGGUGAAACGCGCGACCCAAAAAAUCAACCAAACACAAACCAGUGGUACACGAAAUUCAUGACACAUUCAAAGGAUCAAGCUAGCUAA